AUGAGCUCAUCUUCAAAAUCUCAAAGGAAGCGCGUUCACUACUCGUGCUACGAAUGCCACCGAAGAAAACAGAAAUGUAAUCGUCAACAGCCCUGUGAUCAGUGUAUUGCCAGGCGUAUUCCACAUCUCUGUAGACAAUUCAUCGACGGUGUACACGAUCCAUAUCAAUCUGAUUUAGACAUACAUGGCAGAUUAGAUGCUCUAACUAAUACCGUCAAUAACCUCACUAAUCUCUUGACCAAUCAUUUUUCAGACAAAUGUAAUAGCCAUCACGAUAACACUAACGAUAACACCCACGAUUACCCCCAGAAUACCCACGAUAACACCCAAAAAAGCAACCAAGGCAGACUAGAUAAGGGCAGGUUCUUUGGAAGCAGCGCUAUGACCAGCGUCAGCGAUAACUCCCUCCUCAACCUCCACCAACAAGAAUCAAACGUUGAUAAACUUUCCAGGUUGUUAUCCUCCUCUGGUAUUCCUAUAAAUCAUCUAGACCACGCUAUUGCUUGUCUCCCCAGAAAACACCUCCAAGAUGGUCUUCUCGGUCUCUAUUUCAAUGAGAUCGACUGGCGCUAUCCUCUUUUCUCACCUACCUUCUACUCCUCCUACCACUCCUUACACCAUUGUCUGCAAUCUGGUACUCGCUCACUCACUCCCCACUCCAUCCGCUUUAUUCCACUACUUUUCAUCACUCUCGCAAUCGCAACUCUCACUGCACCCGACAAUCUAGUGGGUGACACUCCCACACGCACCCACCUCCACCAAUCCCUUUACGGAGCUUCACGCAGAUCCGCAAAUCUAGCCGCCGCGAUGCAGGAUGACGAUUUGGAUAGUGUUUUGUGUGGCUUGCUCACUGCCCGCUACUUGAUCUUGGUGAGGAGGGCGAGCGAGGGUUUUGUACCUCUCGGUGCUGCCAUCCACACCGCCCAGGCUCUCGGUCUGCACCGUGACCCCAGUGCUCUUAACAUCUCACGCACACUCGAUCAAGAGUUGCGGCGGAAAGUCUGGUCAUACAUAUACCACCAAGACCGCAUGUCCUCUCUCCUCCUCGGCCGGCCACUCGCCAUCAGCGACGCCGACUGCGACACGCGUCCGCCGACCAACAUGUCCGACGAAGAUCUCGAAUCACGUGCCGAAGAAGCGGGUGAAGUUGGCGAAGUGGGAGGAGUGGAAAUGACAUCAACACAUUCGCUGCACACGCCAACGAUAAUGUCCUACACGAUCCUCCGCCACGUACUCGCGCAGCUAAUGGGGCGAAUUCAAACAGCAGCCUUCGGAAUGCGCCCGCCGCCCUACAGUGUGAUAUUAGAGCUAGACGGGGAGCUACAAAAGUUCAAGCAGGCUCUCCCUCCCUAUUUCCAAUUAGACGAGCCAGACCUAACGCACGACAGUGCGUUAAAGUAUUUGUCCACCCACCGCUAUUUUCUCAGCACGGAGUUUUAUUUCGUGCGGAUAACGCUACACCGGCCUUAUCUAAUCCUGGGCAAAUCGCACUCGACCAAGUACUCUCCGUCGCGGGUAGCAGCUAUUGAGAGCGCCAAGGCUGACCUCGUCGCACGUAAACAGUAUCAGGAUAGGGCGGUGACGCGUCCUGCGAAACUUUCGGCGGGCUCUUAUCGCAUUAUGACUAGUCUCAUGAUCCUCGGUAUCGCUCUCGUACUCACCCCUACUGGCGCAGAGGCUGAUGAGCUGCGCGCGUUCCUCGAUCAUCACACUACCGGCGUUGACGAGGCGACCGUGCGCGAACUCGCUGUGCUCGAGCUGUUCAAAAGAGGCGCGAGUGAGGUUAGUAGAGACGCCGACGGGAGUCGAGGUCGCAGAGGAAGCAAAAGCGGUGGUGUGAGAGGUAGAGGUGCGAAGUCUGCGGCGGGCAGGAGCCGAUUAGAAUUAGACGAAACGGGUGAAGCGGCUGGCAAAGAUAGGCCUAAGCGGAGAAGAACGAGUGGGUACGUUAGACGGGAUGAGUUGGGUGAUUAUGGUGAGCAUGGUGAGCACACUGUGCAUACUCAAACCGAGCACCCCCAUCACCCCGAUCACACCCAGCACACCAACUUCAACUUAGGCGGAUUGGAUAUUCACUCUCACCCACUCACAAUCAAGUCGGAGCUACCGAUCGAACCAGAUCCAGCCGCUUCGCUCAACCCAUCCUUCCCAUUGGGUGCGCAGAAUUUCCCGGAAAUAUGCACGACGAGCUCGUCGGACGCUGCGCUGCUGGAGUAUAGCGGGGGUGUUGGGGAUGUUGGGGUGGUUAACGGCGCGGGUUCGAGUGGUACAAACAACUCACACACCUCACACACCCCACAAACAGCGCAAAGCGAUAUUGAGAUGGAUCUGCUCGGUGAACAUGCUCAAGCACUCCUCAACCAGUGGCUGGAUGUUAACUCACUCACGUCUUCUACUCCCCCCGGACACACACAACACGACAACACACAAAGCGACGAUAGGGAGAUGCAUUUUUGGCAGAAUCUCGUGUCAACCUUGUCGUCUUAG